UUUGAAACACAGCCGGUGUCUGAGCAUGUGCUGUUACUGCUGCAGUGGAGUAAAAUAUGUCAGUUAUCACCGGACAGGAGCGAGAGGAGAGAGAGAGGCGGGUACAAAUGCACUCUGAGAGGCAACCGGUGCAACGGUUCUCUGUAGAAUUCUAUUGUUUUACACCAAAAUGAGGCCCGGCUCCUCUUGAUCUACAGCGGCGGAAGAAUAAUACGUAGAUCGACCUUCUGUUGGCUCAGACCGGACGGGAUAGCCUUCAUUGCUCUUGUGCAUCGAUGAGCCUUGGGCACGAUGAACAUCGAUGAACACCCUGUCGCCGGUUUGUGGUUUGUCCCUGCUGACCGGGCGCAACCCACAAGCCUUGCCGUUUCAGAGUUCAUGAGUACCACGUCAGCAUCGGCAGCCGAACUCAGUACCGCUCCUCUUGGACUCUGACAGACGGUGUUGAGUGUGGACAUUGAGACUGCCAGACAGCAGGAAGAUGGCAACCACAGCGACCCCUGAGCCCCUUACUGCCCUCUCUCGUUGGUACCUAUAUGCCAUCCACGGUUACUUCUGUGAAGUCAUGUUCACGGCUGCCUGGGAGUUUGUGGUGAACUGCAACUGGAAGUUUCCUGGUGUGACGAGUGUGUGGGCGCUCUUCAUCUACGGAACCUGCAUCCUGAUCGUAGAGCGCAUGUAUCUGUGUCUGCGGGACCGCUGCAAUGUGCUUCUCCGCUGCAUCAUUUAUACAUUGUGGACAUAUCUGUGGGAGUUUGGCACGGGUUUGCUGCUUCGGCAGUUUAACGCUUGUCCGUGGGACUACUCUGAGUUUAAAUAUAACUUCAUGGGCCUGAUCACGGCAGAGUACGCCGUGCCUUGGUUCUGCGCCUCCUUUAUCGUUGAGCGCCUAGUGAUACGCAACACGCUCCGGUUGUGCUUCGACGAGGCUGUCGGGCCCGGCCAGGCUGAAGAACUGUCGGACAGAGGCGGAGAAGGAAGAGCAGGGAGUGGGAGAAGAGGAAGAGGGGCAACCAGCGCAAACGGCUACGUGAAGGGGGAUUGAGGAGGUUUUCGACACCUUCCCCCCCCCCCCAUCUCAAACCUCCCGUCACCCAUGACUCUAUCCGCACAUAUCGUAGUCUCUCUCCCACCUGCUUCCAGGGAAAGAGUCGCUCAGACACAGUUGGUGCAGCUCCAACUGAGACACUUGCACAACUGUGAGGAACUUUCUGAUUUUAUAUAGAUCGUCCAGCUGGCGUUCUUCGUUCAUGUGGAGGGAUGUUAAUUUGCCACCUUAGUGCUCAACAUUUACUGUCCUCACUUCGGGCGAGUAGCUAUUAAGUUCAAGGUUUGUCAGUAGGAGUGGUGCCCGGUGGCAAAAUGAGAAUGAACACACCUCUUCCACUAUACCUCCCAAACCAGUCCAUCCACUCCAGACUCUCUGGGAAGGGACAAACAAAUUGACUUGUGUUCUCUCGUCCAAAAAAAAAAAAAAACGCAGACACAUCACUUGAAAAGAGAUAUAGCCUACAGUAUCAAUGCUUUUAACAAAGCGAGUCCUUUUAGAUUAUAAACACGGUCCAUGAUGUAUAUGUAGUUGGAAAUGCAAAUAACUGUUAGGAUAAAAGCUUACCUUUUGAAUGUUAGUUUGUGUUAUUUAUUAAUAUCUAAAAUGUAGUUAAGAAAUGAUAAUAUAUUAAAAAUGUAUUGUGUAUAUAUAUAUACUGUAUAACCUAAAGCAAUGCCUUGUACUUGAAUUUGGUGUUUUUUUAUAUUCAUCAAAAUAUUCAGUGCUUGAACGUGCAUGAAAGUUGUCUUCCAGGAGAUUUGUUUCAUUCUGAGACUGAUCUUCGAUGUUGUGUACAAUUUAUUUCCUCCGUUUUUAAUUAUUUAAAAAAAAAAAUAUUUUCUCAUGGAGAUGAACACACAAAGGAGUACUGUAUUGUUACAUAUAUAGAGUCCGGGUGCUCAGCACUGAAACCAUAAAAACAUCACAGUAUCCUGUUUUUUUCACUGGAGAGAAUGUUAUUGUGUGUUUAUGAACUGGUGCUAGAUCCUCAUUGAGUCGUGUUGAGGGAUCUGACAAUGGUCACAAUAAAGGCAUUAAUAUGUAGGUUCACUGA